UGAUGCGGUCAGCUGAUUGGCUGCCUGCAGCUGACUUAUGCUCCAUCCUGCACGCCGAUUCUCGCAGAGCCGGACUGAGAGCUCCCAGUUAGCACUCCUCCUGGUUACCUCCUCACACACACACACACACACACACACGCUCACACACUCAGACACACACGCGCGCACACAGACACACUCAUGAGUCGCGGCUGCACGCACCACCGUCCGCUGAAACCGGCUGAUUUCACCUGAAAGAGCCGCGCGUCGGGACACCAAACUGCACUAUGCGUCACCGCAGGUUAUUAUCGCUUUUGCGCUCUUUUAGGAGGUAACCGAGGAGGUGUCACGCGCAUCACUAUGGAUUGCCUUUUUCUUCUGAUAUGGUGUUUACCCAUGAUGCCGCUGGCCGGCUGCACCCCAGUCAAGCUGCUCUCCACCCUGUUGACCUGGAGCUUCUUCAAGACUCUGCACAUCUACUGCACACACGCCUCCCACUCUGCUCCAGCCAGCUCUUCUUCCAUCCACAGCCACGGAUUAAACCAUGACUACGUGUUUGUGACGCCUGUGGAGGUGGACGCUGAUGGCUCAUAUUUGACCCACGAUAUAGCCAGGAGAAGUCAUCGCAGCAGGAGGUCCCUGUCUACGUCUUUGCACUACCGCCUCUCUGCCUUUGGGCAGGACAUGCACCUGGACCUGCGUCCGUCUUUUGUGGUUGGCCCGGGAUUCUCCAUUCAGACCAUCGACUCAGAUGGCAUCUCCACGGUGACGGGUGAUGAGAGGUUUCACCACUGCCUGUAUCAGGGAUUUAUCCGCAACCUGUCAGCCUCUUCAGCAGCCAUAUCCACAUGUUCUGGACUGUCAGGUUUGAUUCGUGUCUCUAAGGAGGACUACCUAAUAGCUCCACUACCUCAACAUCUAGCCAAGCAGCACAACUACAGCACCCCUGAUGGUCACCAUCCACAUGUGGUUUACAAGCGCUCGGCAGAGCAUGUUGUUCACCGAAGAUCCUUCACAUCGGAAAGUCUUCCUCUUCACCAUCAGCAGCAACAAAAGCAUCAUGACUACCAACAUGGAAAGCUGCAGAGGCAACACUUCUGCGGACGCCACAAGCAAUAUGCUCCCAAGCCUCCUGUAGAAGAUCCAUUCAUCAUGCCUGAUGAGUUCCCUAUGCCGGAGGUGGAAGAGCCAGGGCGGGCAAAGAGGUCUCCCAUCGACUCCAACAGGGUGGGAGGUCUGAAUGUGGAGACCGUGGUUGUGGCAGACAGGAAGAUGCUGAAGAACCACGGCAGGGAGAAUGUCACCACCUACAUCCUGACCGUCAUGAAUAUGGUUUCCAGUCUUUUCAAAGAUGGCACUAUUGGGACAGACAUUAAUAUUGUUGUUGUCAGCUUGUUGCUGCUGGAACAAGACCCUCUGGGAUUAAAUAUCAAUCACCAUGCUGACCAGUCCCUCAACAGUUUCUGUCAGUGGCAGUCAGGUCUUGUGGGGAAAGGAGGAAAACGGCAUGACCAUGCCAUACUACUCACUGGACUUGACAUUUGUUCCUGGAAGAACGAGCCCUGUGAUACUCUGGGUUUUGCUCCCAUCAGUGGCAUGUGCAGUAAAUACAGGAGCUGCACCAUCAAUGAGGAUACAGGACUGGGCUUGGCCUUCACCAUCGCUCACGAGUCUGGACACAAUUUUGGGAUGAUCCACGACGGAGAGGGGAACCCUUGUCGGAAGACAGAAGGCAACAUCAUGUCUCCCACCUUGGCUGGAAACAACGGGGUCUUCUCGUGGUCCACCUGCAGCCGACAGUACCUCAGCCGCUUCCUUGGAACAGCCCAGGCGUCCUGCCUUGGGGACGAGCCCAAGCAAAUUGGUCAGUACAAGUAUCCUGAACAGCUUCCUGGUCAGCUGUACGACGCAGACACGCAGUGCAAGUGGCAGUUUGGGUCCAAGGCCAGAUUGUGCAGUCUUGAUUUUGUCAAGGACAUCUGCAAGUCACUGUGGUGUCACCGCGCAGGCCAUCGGUGUGAGACCAAGUUCAUGCCCGCUGCAGAGGGAACCAGCUGUGGUCCAGACAUGUGGUGUCGGAGGGGUCAGUGUGUUAAAUACGGAGAGCACGGUCCCAGAGCCAUCCAUGGUCAGUGGUCAGCCUGGUCCCAGUGGUCCGACUGUUCCAGAACUUGUGGAGGAGGGGUCAUGUACAGGGAGCGGUCCUGCAGCAGCCCGAGACCACAGAACAAUGGUAAAUUUUGCCCAGGCCCAAGUCGCCUCAACCAUCUGUGUAACACUCGCUCAUGCCCCACCAGUGCCAUUGACUUCCGGGCCCAACAGUGUGCCGAGUACAACAGCAAACCCUUUAGGGGCUGGUACUACAAGUGGAAGCCUUACACCAAAGUGGAUGAUGAAGACAUAUGUAAGCUGUACUGCAUUGCCGAAGACUAUGACUUCUUCUUUGCCAUGUCCAGCAAAGUUAAGGAUGGCACCUCCUGCUCUGACCACCAAGGAGAUGUCUGCAUUGAUGGAGUGUGUGAGGCUGUGGGUUGUGACCAGAUUCUGGGCUCUAAGGCCUCUCUGGAUGCCUGUGGGGUCUGUCAGGGAGACAACUCAACUUGCAAGUUUGUCAAGGGCCAGUACUCGCUUCAGCACCAAGCUAACGAGUAUUAUACCAUGGUGACGGUUCCAGCUGGAGCUCAAAGCAUUCAUAUUCAGGAAAUGGAGGUGUCUACUAGCUACCUGGCCGUCCGGUCCCUGAGGAGGAAGUACUAUCUGACCGGUGACUGGAUGGUUGACUGGCCAGGAAAGUUCUCCUUUGGUGGGACCGUGUUCGACUACCAGCGCUCUUUCAACAAGCCAGAGAGCCUGUAUGCCGCUGGACCUACUAAUGAGUCUCUGGUGUUUGAAAUCCUUCUACAGGGAAGGAACCCGGGUGUGGUGUGGGAGUACACUCUGCCGCACACUGAGAGGAAACCGGAGUACAGCUGGGGUGUGGCGCGCUCCGACUGCUCAGCUCCAUGUGCCGGAGGUCGGAUCUCAACCAAGGCGAUCUGUCUGCAGGACCAGAGGACCCAGGUCAACUCCAGCAUGUGUAAUCCCCUCACCAGACCCACACUGGGAUCCCAUCUGUGCAACACCCAGCCCUGCCCUGCGUACUGGACCACAGGAGACUGGGGGGCCUGCAGCCGUUCCUGUGGUGGAGGUCAGCAGACCAGGACAUUGCGCUGCUUGAGGAAGGUGACCUACCAGAGGGAGGAGGUGGUGGCUCAUUCCCUCUGCCCCUCCAUCUUUCCAGCCCAGGUCCAGCCGUGCCACAUCCAGGCCUGCCCUCCAGAGUGGAGCACUGGAUCUUGGUCUCAGUGCUCUAAGUCCUGCGGCCGUGGACUAAGGAAGCGAAGCGUGUUCUGCCGCAGCACUGAUCCGGGGGCCAAUGCGGUGGUGGUGCCUGACAGCAUGUGCAGGCAGCACCACAAACCCAAAGCCCAAGAGACGUGUGUCCUGCAGCGUUGCCCCAAAAACGAGAAGCUACAGUGGAUUCUUACCCCCUGGGGAGAGUGCUCCAGGUCUUGUGGAUCAGGCAUCCAGAGGAGAGAGCUUCGCUGUGGGGAGAGAGACUCACAGGAAGGGUAUGUUGAAUACCCCAUACGGAGGUGCAGAAAUAUGGCCAAGCCAUUGGUGGAACUUCAGCAAGUUUGUAACCGAGGUCUGUGCCCAGAGGUCCCGCAGGCAGUCCCUGGCAGAACAACCUCCAGCGCCAUGGGUUUGGGCUGGUACUCUUCUCCCUGGCAGCAGUGCUCUGUGUCCUGUGGAGGAGGAGUUCAGACUCGAACCAUCCAGUGUCUGCGGCAUGGUCUCCCCUCAGCCGGCUGCCUGCCCCACCAGAGACCUGCCACUUCAAGAGCGUGCAACACACACUUCUGUCCUGCAGCUCCCCUGGCUCCGGUACAACGCCCCAGCAACCGUGUCUCAGCUGCUGGGUCAACACUGAAAGAUGAGCGGUGCGCUGACCUCUUCAGCUGGUGCCACCUGGUUCCCCAACACGGCGUUUGCACCCAUAAGUUCUACGGACAGCAGUGCUGCAAGUCCUGCUCCAGCAGGAAGCCGUAGAGCUCUGUCACCCGAGAGUCGGCGCCUUGGAGCUUCUGAAGGAAAUGCUGUCACCGAGGCUAUUUGCCCCACCCUCCAUCCCUCCCUCACACACACUCACACAGAACUGUGCAUAAACAUGUGUGUUUUCCUCCUGGAGUACUUGAUCAUUGUGUGGAGAGAAUGCGUGGACUCUUUAAGAGAAUGGCACGGCCUCACCCAGCCAGAGACGAUGAGAAUCCCAUCUGAAGACUUUGUAAUAUCUAAAUGUUGUCUUUUGUCUUUUUCUCCUUUUGAAACCUCCGAAACAAGAACUGAACAUAGUGUUUAGCCUCCUUAGAUGUUGUGUAUUUGAAGGCAUCAGGUUAAAAUGCCUUUUUAAGUUAUUUUGGAGUUUCUGACGUUACAGCUCGUUCAGGCUCACGUCGGACCAGUCCCGUGUUUUUAUCCGCGUUUGAAUCCAUGUGUUGAGAUUCUGGAGGCGGCGUCGGUAAUCAGCGAUCACACGCUAUCUGCUCGUUGUGUUUGUUCCUGCUGAAUCACAAGAGGGCCCUGUUUUAUUUCCAUUCCAUUCACGGAGAAGUGAUGAAAACGUCUUUCUGCAUCAGUGAAACAUUUUACUCAGCUGUGGCGUAACGGUCAUCCUCAUCGCUCUCGUAUCACUGCAGUAAACAACUUGACCGUCUAUCCGUCUUUCCUUACUUCCCCGUAUUCUCUCCGUCAAUUGCAGGCAAAACAAGGUGAAUAAUGAGCUGCAGGCCUCGGGGAGAGGAGAAGAGGGUGAAGAGGGAGAGAAGAGGAUGAUUGCAGGGCGAGCGUGGGUGCGGCGGAGAUGACAAGUGCUUGUUAAGAGAAAACGAUGUCGGUUGUGUUUUCCACAGAAGUCUGGUCAAAAUGUGGAGGCAGAGCUUGAGAUGAGAGGUGGCACGCCCAUGGCAGCCUCGAUGCUCACAAAGACCUCGCUGUCCUCCUGAAAACUGGUUAACUCUGGUUUAGUGCAGAGUUCACGUCUCGGUCCAACAACCUUUACAUGUUUCUGGCCUUUUCCUCCAUUCCCGUCACAGCAUGGUGUGUUUUAUAUGAAAGGACUUAGAUUUGAUUUAAACGCAUCAUUGUUAUGACGGAAUGAAAGCCAGACUAUAUAGUUUGUUUGGGUUUAAUCAUAAUAGCUUAAAAUCUCAACCAGACUCAAAUGUUUUGUUUUGCCAUUAUAAAAUUUACCAGAAUUAGUAGAAAAUUCCCUGAGAUGAGACGCAUUCGUACAUUUUGGAUUCAUUAACUUGUUUACAAAACCACAUUCAAAUAAAAUAAUUAUUUUCAAACGAAUGCUUUUUAUUUUAUUGCAUAAAAAUGUGAAUCCACCGUUGGCUCCAUGAACGCAUCAGGAUGAUUGUGUUGGAUCUUGUUCCAGUGGUUGCAACAUUUUCUAAUGGAAUUUUUAAAAGUACACCCGAUGAAAACCUAAAUAACACUUCUGGAAUCCAUUUGUGUGAAGAUGCCAUUUUUUUCGCUUCCAACCAUGUUUUAAAUGCAAUAUGUGAUCAAAAGACAGAAAAAUGA